CGUCAUGGUCACGUGAUGCUACUACGUCACAUGUAAAUCAGGGGGGGGGGAAGAUGGCGUCCGCCGGAGGAGAACCUUCUACUGAAAAUGUGUCGGAUGAAUUGUUUCAAAACUUUUACACGGAGGUGAAGCAGAUUGAGAAGAGAGACUCUGUGCUGACCUCCAAGCAGCAGAUUGAGAGGCUGCUCAGACCCGGCUCAUCCUACUUCAAUCUUAAUCCUUUUGAGGUGCUGCAAAUUGAUCCUGAGGCAACAGAUGAUGAAUUGAAGAAAAGAUUUCGGGCGUUGUCCAUUUUGGUUCAUCCAGACAAAAAUCAAGAUGAUCAAAUCCGAUCACAGAAAGCCUUUGAAGCUGUGGACAAGGCAUACAAACUCCUACUGGAACCAGAACAGAGGAAGAGGGCCUUGGAUGUGAUCCAUGCGGGACAGGAAUAUGUGGAGCAUUACGUAAAGGAGAAAAAGAAACAGUUAAAGAAGGAUGGGAAGCCAUUGGAUAUGGAGGAGGAUGACCCUGAAAUGUUUAAGCAAGCCGUGUACAAACAGACCAUGAAGCUCUUUGCAGAGCUGGAAAUCAAGAGGAAGGAAAGGGAAGCAAAGGACAUGCACGAAAGGAAAAGGGCAAGAGAGGAAGAAAUUGAGACUGCAGAGAAAGCAAAGCGGGAUAGAGAAUGGCAGAAAAACUUUGAGGAAACAAGAGAUGGGCGUGUGGACAGUUGGAGGACCUUCCAGGCCAAAGGCAAAAAGAGCAAGGAAAAGAAGAACCGGUCCUUCCUCAAGCCCCCCAAAGUUAAGAUGGAACAGAGGGAAUGAUGCUGUAAAGUGGGAUCGUUAAAACCCACUCUAUUAAAAACUUGAGUUCUGUGUGUCCUCAUCUCGUCGUCUGCAGUCCACUGUGAAGUCGUCAUCACAGUCAUUGGGAUACUUGUCGUACGAAAAAUUUCUCAUCCUGACAAACGUAGUUUUGUACUUGGUUUUCUAAUGUACAUAUCUGUGAUCUGGACCCAGAGAUCACACCUGCCUCAUGUAAGAAAGAAACAUGGAUCUUCCAUAAGUGAUGAAUAAUGUGGUUUGUGAUUGUUUUUGUUCUUUAUUUUUUUUAAUUAAAUAAAGCUUGGUGUUAAAGCCUA